AUGAAUUCAGCAGCACCAUUCACCGCGCUCCGGGGAGAGCGCCCCCAGCCUGGUUCCCCGCGCCAGUCGGAGUCCGCCGCGCACUCUGCGGUGAGUACGACUCGGCCCUACGCGAGUCCCCGGGCCCGAGCGCCGGCCGCCCUGCCGCCGCGGGGGAACGCGGGUCAGCGGAACCCCGAUCCGCCUCCCCGAGCCGGGCGGCAGCGCGCCGGGCCGCCCAAGGGAGACCUGGGGGAGCUGGAAGGCAGCCGGGAGAAUCGGGACUAG